UGAAUCAUGGAUAAUGUCUCCGUCAUCAGAGUUUUCUCCCUCUCUGGGAUAAACGAGACGAUGAAUUACAGAAUUGCUAUCUUUUCACUCACUUUGCUGUUUUACUGUGUCAUUUUGUUUGUCAAUAUUGCUCUCAUCUUGAUCAUUAUUUUAGAUGAAAACCUACAUGAACCUAUGUAUGUUUUAUUGUGCAGUUUUUGCUUUAAUGGACUUUAUGGGACUGCAGGUUUCUACCCCAAGUUCCUCUUCGACCUGCUGUCGUCUUCUCAUGAAAUCUCAUAUGAAGCAUGUCUCCUGCAGGCUUUUGUCAUGUACUCUUUCGCUUGCUGUGAGAUGUCCACUCUAGCAGUCAUGGCGUACGACAGAUACCUGGCUAUAUGUCGACCGCUGCACUACCACUCUUUCAUGACAAGGAGCAGGGUCUGUCAGAUGGUGUGUUUCUCCUGGAUGACGCCCUUCUGCAUAUUUUCUAUCAGUAUUAUACUAACAUCCACGCUGAAGUUAUGUGGCUCAAAAAUUCAGAAACUCUUUUGUGUGAACUGGAUCAUUUUCCAACUCGCCUGCCCUGACAAUGACACUCUGGCCAGUAGUAUCAUCUCACACGCAACAACGUUCAUUUACGUGUCUCAUGGGUUUUUCAUCAUUUGGACUUACCUGCAUCUUGUCAUGAAGUCUGUGAGGUCCAAAGAUGACAGAGUGAAGUUUAUGCAGACAUGUGUGCCUCACCUGACCUCUUUAGUCACUUUCCUCGUUGUAAUAGUUUUUGAUCUGAUGUACAUGCGAUUCGGCUCCACAGAUUUGCCUCAGAGUCUGCAAAACUUAAUCGCUAUAGAGUUUCUGCUCAUCCCUCCUGUCAUGAAUCCCCUGAUUUACGGAUUUAAACUGACCAAAAUACGACACAGAAUUUUAGGUUUAGUUUCUGUUGACAGAAAAUGACUUAUUUCAUGCUCCAUAUCCAUAUUUCACAACUCUUAAGUUUGGUUUAAUUGCCUUCAUUUAUUUGACACGAAGCCCCAAAUGAACUGCACUUAUUGUUUGUUUAAUAAGAUGUUCAUUUACAACACCUGUCCACAAGAGGCUUUUUAACUGUUAAAUAUAGAAAGGAGAAUGAAUUCUAGUUACAAAUACAGUGACAAUUAAAAAUGCAAUGCAAGAAAAAAUACAAUAGCGGUAUAAAGAAUAAACGUCUGCUUUUGUCUUAGGUGUGAGAGCAGUGAUGUUUCUCUUUCAGCCAUGUCUUCACACCUCUGUUAAAAACACUGAAGUUUUGCUCAUGAGCACAUGAGAAAGCUGAUUGUCAAAAUGAGUUUUGGCCAGUGCAGUGUGACAGUAACCAUUUGAUAAAUGCACAUUAUUUAUUCUCACUCUUAUUUGUUUGUUUAUUCAGCAAGAAUUGUGCAGAUGAGCAUCGUUUAGUAGGAAAAAGUAAUGCAACAGAUGUGAUGUUGUAACUUGUGCUGCUUGUUCCUCGUUAGACAAAUUCAUUGUAUGCUUUUAUUCUGUUCAGCAUGUAUGAGGUGAGGGCUGCAGGCUUUAAGAUGCCUUUUGACAAAGUGUUGACCUUUUCACUGUUUUUGUUUCUGUCAGUGUUUUUUUCUGCUAUCAUUUAAGCGUUACGUCAUACCUGUAUUUUCUCCAUUAAAGAUCAAAAAUGGAAACCCA